UAUAGACACUAGCUAGUAGGAUUUAGUUCAAACUAUUUUAGCCAUGGCUCUACUAAUCCUCUACUUGCCAUAUAUUUUCUCCUUUAUCCUCUUAACCCUUGUAGUACAAAAGAUAGGAAACAAGAAAAGUUACUCGACUUAUAACAUACCACCAGGGCCUAUAAAGUUACCUAUUAUAGGAAAUAUACACAAUCUGUUAACCUCUCAACCCCAUCGAAAACUAAGAGACUUGGCCAAAAAAUAUGGACCCCUGAUGCAUCUUCAACUUGGAGAGGUUUCUGCUAUGGUCAUUUCAUCGCCCGAGUGUGCUGGCGAGGUAAUGAAAACCCAUGAUAUUCACUUUGCAUCAAGGCCUCAAAUCCUGGCUACAGAAAUAAUGUCUUACAAUUCUACAAAUAUAGCUUUUGCUCCGUAUGGUAAUUAUUGGAGACAGCUACGGAAAAUUUGCACAUUGGAGCUUUUGAGCCUAAAAAGGGUUAACUCAUAUCAACCAAUUAGAGAAGAAGUGUUUUCCAAUCUUGUCAAAUGGAUUGCUUCACGGGACGGAAUUCCAAUCAACAUUACUGAAGCUGUACGUUCUUCAAUAUACACAAUUGUUUCAAGGGCUGCCUUUGGCAAUGAAUGCAAGGACCAAGACAAAUUUAUAUCAGUGGUAAAACAAUCAAUAAAGGUUGCCGGGGGUUUUGACUUGGGAGAUUUGUUUCCCUCAGCUAAAUGGUUACAGCUUGUUACUGGUAUGAGGCCUAAGCUUGAGAGGUUUCAUCGACAAACUGAUCAGAUAUUAGAAAACAUCAUCAAUGAGCAUAAAGAGGAAAAGUACACAAAAGCCAAAGAUGAUCAAGGUAAAGUAGAAGAAGAUCUCGUAGACGUUCUCUUAAAAUAUGAGGACGGUAGCAACCAGGAGUUUACCUUAACAAAAAACAAUAUCAAGGCCAUAAUCCUGGACGUUUUUGGUGCUGGAGGUGAGACAUCAGCAAGCACCAUAGACUGGGCAAUGGUAGAAAUGAUAAGGGAUCCAAGAAUAAUGAAGAAAGCGCAAGAUGAGGUGAGAGAGGUUUUCAAAAUGAAAGGAAGGGUUGAUGAAAAUUGCAUCAAUGAACUCAAUUAUUUGAAGUCAGUUGUCAAAGAAACCCUGAGGUUACACCCUCCAACACCUCUUUUGCUGCCAAGAGAAUGUCGUCAAACAUGUGAGAUAAAUGGUUAUCACAUACCUAUUAAGAGUAAGGUGAUAGUCAAUGCUUGGGCAAUUGCAAGAGAUCCAAAUUACUGGACUGAGCCGGAGAGAUUUUAUCCAGAGAGAUUCCUUGACAGCGCCAUUGACUAUAAAGGAAGUAAUUAUGAGUACAUUCCUUUUGGUGCCGGAAGAAGAAUAUGCCCAGGGAGCACAUUUGGUUUGAGAAGUAUUGAGCUGGCCCUUGCAAUGUUGUUGUAUCAUUUUGACUGGAAGCUUCCAAGUGGAAUCAGAAGUGAAGACUUGGAUAUGACUGAUGAAUUCGGAGCCACAAUGAGAAGAAAAGAUGAUCUUUUAUUGUUUUCUUUUGUUUAUCAUCCUUUGUAAGUCAUAUGAGCUACGAUAAUUGAUUUUUUUUCCAGGUAGUUGAAAUGUUUUGGAUCAGCAAUCACUUAGUUUUGACUUAAUAAGUUAAUUACCUACGAGCCAUCUAUCUUUCAUUCA